GCACGUGGGUCACUUCCAAGGUGCGCGCCUCCUAAAUACGAGCGGCUCACCACAGGACAGUGUAGUCAGGGGGAGCGCAAAGACCGAAUGGAACAGGAUUUCAACGCCAAACAGGAUCAGUUCUCGGCACAGUUCCAGGACCGUGUUACUUGGUGAGCCACCAUGCCGGCCGGGUCGGUGAAACUGGAAAGUAUCAAAAGGUUUGGCCAGGAGAAUCAGAGUUACGAUGUCUCCGAUGACGAACCAGCUGGCUCCUAUAUGAGCAUGACCACAACCAAGGAAACAAAGCAAGCUGAAGGCAAGAAGAAUGAUGCCGCAAUAAGAGUUGGCUUCUUUCAGCUGUUCCAUUUUGCAACAUGCCACGAGGUGGCGAUGAUGGCGGCGGGCAGCGUGUGCGCCGUGCUGCACGGCUCGGCCCAGCCGCUCAUGCUGCUGGUGUUCGGCCUGCUGACCGACACCUUCAUCGAGUACGACAUCGAGCUGAACGAGCUGAGCGACGGGAGCAAGGAGUGCGUCAACAACACCAUUCAGUGGAGCAGGAACCACACCGACGGGCUCCUGCACGCCGUCCAGCAGUCACACUGGGGCCCCGGCAACUUCUCCGCCUGGGCCACGGUGGCGCCGCUGAGCAACCGGUCGUGUGGGAUCCUCGACAUUGAGUACGAGAUGACCCUGUUCGCCUUCUAUUAUGUCGGGAUCGCAGUAGCGGUCUUCAUCUUGGGAUAUUUUCAGAUCUCCCUGUGGGUGACGGCGGCCGCCAGGCAGAUCCAGCGCAUCAGAAAAAUCUACUUCAGCAAGGUGAUGAGGAUGGAGAUCGGCUGGUUCGACUGCACCUCGGUGGGCGAACUCAACACGCGCAUGUCCGACGACAUCAACAAGAUCAACGACGCCAUCGCCGACCAAGUGGCCAUUUUCCUGCAGCGCUUCACCACCUUCGUGUGCGGCUUCUGCGUGGGCUUUGUGAAAGGAUGGAAGCUGACGCUGGUGAUCGUGGCGGCGAGUCCACUGAUUGGUGUCGGCGCCGGUCUGAUGGCUCUGUUUGUGGCUAAGCUAACGGGCAUGGAGCUGCAGGCCUAUGCUAAAGCUGGAGCCAUCGCAGACGAGGUCCUCUCCUCCAUCAGGACGGUGGCGGCUUUUGGCGGAGAGAUGAAAGAGGUGCAACGCUACGACAACAACUUGGUGUCAGCCCAGCGUUGGGGCAUCAGGAAAGGCUUGAUCAUGGGGUUUUUCACGGGCUACAUGUGGCUCAUUAUCUUCCUGUGCUACGGCCUGGCCUUCUGGUACGGCUCCAGUCUGGUGGUGGACGCGGGGGAGUACACGCCGGGCACGCUCCUGCAGGUGUUUUUUGGCGUCCUGAUUGCAGCCAUGAAUUUGGGGCAGGCGUCACCUUGUCUGGAAGCAUUCGCCGCAGGCCGAGGAGCCGCCACCAUCAUCUUUGAAACCAUCGACAGAGAGCCUGAGAUUGACUGUUUAUCUGAAGCGGGAUAUAAACUAGAUAAGGUCAAAGGUGACAUCGAGUUCCACAACGUGACCUUUCACUACCCUUCCAGGCCGGAGGUCAAGAUUUUGGAGCAGCUGAGUGUGGCGGUGAAGUCGGGUGAGACCACCGCCUUCGUGGGCCCGAGUGGCGCCGGAAAGAGCACGACCGUGCAACUCAUUCAGCGCUUCUACGACCCUCGAGAGGGGAUGGUGACCCUGGACGGUCAUGACAUCCGCGGGCUGAACAUCCAAUGGCUGCGCUCGCUCAUCGGCAUCGUGGAGCAGGAGCCCGUGCUGUUCGCCACCACCAUCGCCGAGAACAUACGCUACGGCCGCCCCGCCGUCUCCAUGGACGACAUCGUCGCCGCCGCCAAGGAGGCCAACGCGUACAGUUUCAUCAUGGACCUGCCGCAGAGGUUCGACACCCUAGUGGGGGAGGGAGGCGGUCAGAUGAGCGGCGGUCAGAAGCAGCGUAUCGCCAUCGCCAGGGCACUGGUGAGGAACCCCCGCAUCCUGCUGCUGGACAUGGCCACCUCAGCCCUGGACAACGAGAGCGAAGCUGUGGUCCAAGAGGCCUUGGAUAAAGUGCGCCAUGGCCGGACCACCAUCUCUAUCGCCCACCGACUGUCCACCAUCAAGAACGCCGACGUGAUCGUGGGCUUUGAGCGCGGCCAGGCGGUGGAGAAAGGCAAACACAGCGAGCUGCUGGACAGGAAGGGAGUCUACUUCACUUUGGUCACCUUGCAGAGUCAGGGAGACAAAGCCCUCAAUGAGAAGGCCCGACAAAUGGCUGAGAAUGAAGAAGUGCCAGAGAAGAUCAGUCUAUCAAGGGGUGGCAGCUACCGGGCCAGCUUGAGAGCCUCCAUCCGUCAGAGAUCCAGAUCACAGCUGUCCAACCUGAUUCCGGAAUCCUCCGUGUCCAUGGCUGGAGAGCUGGGCCCCAGAGCCUACGCUGUGUCACAAGCAGACCAAUCCAAGGACGCCAUCCCGGAAGAGGAGGAGGAGGAACCCGUGGAGCCGGCGCCGGUGGCUCGGAUCCUGAAGUACAACGUGCCCGAGUGGCCGUACAUGCUUUUUGGAUCUCUGGGGGCUGCUGUGAACGGGGGAGUCAACCCCGUCUACUCGCUGCUCUUCAGUCAGAUCUUGGCGACCUUCUCGCUGACAGAUCCUGUGGCUCAGAGGAAGGAGAUUGAUAGCAUCUGCUUAUUCUUUGUCAUGGUCGGCGUUAUCUCCUUCUUCACUCAGAUGCUGCAGGGUUAUGCCUUCUCCAAGUCUGGAGAGCUGCUGACCCGCAGGUUACGUCGCCUAGGCUUCCGCGCCAUGCUGGGCCAGGAGAUUGGCUGGUUUGACGAUCACAGGAACAGCCCCGGAGCGCUGACAACACGACUGGCGACCGACGCCUCGCAAGUACAAGGGGCCACCGGCUCCCAGAUCGGCAUGAUCGUCAACUCUCUGACCAACAUCGGGGUGGCCAUCCUCAUGUCCUUCUACUUCAGCUGGAAGCUCACGCUGCUCAUCCUGUGCUUCCUGCCCUUCAUCGCUCUGUCAGGCGGCUUCCAGGCCAAGAUGCUCACCGGCUUUGCCAAGGAGGACAAGGAAGCCAUGGAGUCUGCAGGACGGAUCUCAGGCGAAGCCCUCAACAACAUUCGCACCAUCGCUGGUCUGGGCAAGGAGAAGAACUUUGUGGACAUGUACAACGCACAGCUGGAUGCUCCGUACAAGGCAGCUUUGAAGAAGGCUAACGUCUACGGCGCUUGUUACGGUUUCGCCCAAUGUGUCGUCUUCUUGACCAACUCCGCCUCGUAUCGCUUCGGGGGCUACUUGGUACGCCAAGAAAAGCUCCAUUUCAGCUUGGUGUUCAGGGUCAUCUCUGCCAUCGUCACCAGCGGUACAGCCCUGGGCAGAGCUUCCUCCUACACUCCCGACUAUGCCAAGGCCAAGAUUUCUGCCGCACGCUUCUUUCAGCUGCUGGAUCGCAUGCCUAAGAUCAGCGUCUACAGUAACAAUGGACAGAAAUGGGAGAACUUCCAAGGGAACCUGGAGUUCAUUGACUGCAAGUUCACUUACCCCACCAGACCAGACAUCCAGGUCCUCAAUGGGUUGAAUGUGGCGGUGAAGCCCGGCCAGACCUUGGCCUUUGUGGGCAGCAGCGGCUGUGGAAAGAGCACCAGUGUGCAGCUCCUGGAGAGGUUUUAUGACCCCGACAAGGGCAAAGUGCUGAUCGAUGGCCGCGACUCCACCCUGGUCAACGUGUCUUUCCUGCGCUCCAAGAUCGGCAUCGUGUCCCAGGAGCCCAUCUUGUUUGACUGCAGCAUCGCCGACAACAUCAAGUACGGCGACAACUCGCGCGCCAUCGGCACCAACGAGGUGAUCGCCGCCGCCAAGAAAUCGCAGCUCCACGACUUCGUCAUGUCUCUCCCCGAGAAAUACGACACCAACGUGGGAGCUCAGGGUUCUCAGUUAUCGCGAGGUCAAAAGCAGCGCAUCGCCAUCGCCAGGGCCAUCAUUCGCGACCCCAAAAUCCUGCUGCUGGAUGAAGCCACCUCAGCUCUGGACACGGAGAGCGAGAAGACCGUGCAAGCGGCGCUGGACAAAGCCAGAGAAGGCAGGACAUGCAUCGUCAUCGCCCACCGCCUGUCCACCAUUCAGAACUCGGACAUCAUCGCCGUCAUGUCUCGGGGCUACGUGAUCGAGAAGGGAACGCACGACCAUCUGAUGGCCCUGAAGGGAGCCUACUACAAGCUGGUCACCACCGGGGCACCAAUCAGCUAAUUGCAGAUGACAUGAGGGAACAUUAGAUAAUGACAGUAUUUAUUUGUGUGGAAAGGCCAGCAGGGGGUUUGAGGACCGUGUCGUGAUGCUGGUUGUCAAGCAGACUUCUAGUCGUUUGUCAUAGGGCGAGCAGUUUUUUGGAGUUCCCAGCAUGUUAUAAAAUAUACAAGGUGCUUUGCGAUAGGCCUGGUUGAAAACUGCAUACAAGUGUUUUAUAUCGGUCCAUAUCCACAAUUAUUGAUUUUUUUUUAAUUUUUUUUAUGACCUAUUAAAAUGAAGGACCAGGAUGAAAAUAUAUUGCAAUGUAUUUCAAAAGUCUCCUUCCUCUGAUUAGAAUCGAGGCAGAAAGCAAAGGAAAUGUCAACGCAAGCAUGGAGAACACUCAAUGCAGACACAAUCGUAAACACUGAACAACACCGGCAAAUUCCCUGACAAAAUGAAAAUUGCAAAAGUCGUACCAAUUUAUAAGUAUGGAGACAUACACCAGUUUACUAACUACAGACCAGUUACAUUACUUCCACAAUUCUCCAAAAUCAUGAAAAAAACUAUUCAAUAGCCGAUUAGAUAUAUUUAUCAACAAAAGGGACGGCGUGGCGUAGUGGGUAGAGCAACCGUGCCAGAAACCUGAGGGUUGCAGGUUCGCUCCCCGCCUCUUACCAUCCAAAAAAAAAAAAAAAAAAAAAAAUCGCUGCCGUUGUGUCCUUGGGCGGGACACUUCACCCUUUGCCCCCGGUGCCGCUCACACCGGUGAAAUGAAUGAUGAAUGAAUGGUAGGUGGUGGUCGGAGGGGUCGUAGGCGCAAACUGGCAGCCUCGCUUCCGUCAGUCUAGUAGCUGUGGCUACAAAUGUAGCUUACCACCACCAGGUGUGAAUGAAUGAUGGGUUCCCACUUCUCUGUGAGCGCUUUGAGUAUCUAACAAUAGAAAAAGUGCGAUAUAAAUCUAAUCUAUUAUUAUUAUUAUUAUUAUUUCAUUAUUAAAAGUGGGACGCUCGUGGAGAACCGAUAUGAAUUCUGAGCAAAUAUCUCAACAUCGAUAGCAUUAAUCAAAAUAACAGAGGAAAUGACCAAUGCAAUAGAUGGUAAAGAAUGUGCGGCCGCUAGAGAUGCGCGGUUUGCGGACACAACCGCGGAGUCCGCGGAUAAUCCGCGGGUCGGGCGGAUGCAUGACGAAAAAAAUAGAUUUUAAAUAGAUUCGGGCAGGUGGCGGUUGAACCAAUUCAGAAAAAAAAAAAACAUAGUUAAAAUUUGUUACCCACAUACGAAAAACGAGCAGCACUCUUUGAAACAGGCAAUUAUUCAUCAGGCACUGCUGCAGCUGUCACGCCAAAUUUCUUCCCCCCUACAAAAGCCUUCCCCCCAUUUACUUCCUGGGCUGCGUCCAAUAAAGUCACAAAGUUGCCGGGGGUCCUUAACCCGCAUGCGACUGUCCUGUUUCGCGCCUGUACAAAAAAAAACAAUAAUCGAUUUCUUCAGAUUCAAGCAGCUGUCAAAGACGAAGUAUCCUUCCAGCGAUGGGCAGUCAAAGCCGAAGCGCUAUCGAUCGCUGUCAAUGACGUAAGAGGAAACAUGACCACGGAAGUAAAUGGGGGGGGGGGGGGGGGUUGUAGGGGGAAGAAAUUAGGCGUGACACAGCACACCACAACACAACACAACAGUAGAAGAAGAAAAAAAUAAAAAGAUUGCAACGCCGGCUGCAGACGUGGUACGCGACAAAUUAAAAAAGGGAAUACUAAAGACCAGGGAAAAAAAAUAACAAUAAUAGCCAACACUUUCUUAAUGGAAAUGACAAUAAUAUUAUAAUAAUGAUAAAUAAUAUUAUCACGCAUUAAUAUCUCUUAGCCUCUAAUGCGUGGCCAAGAGAUAUUAAUGUGUGGCACGCAUUGAAUGUCUCUGCUGCAUUGGAUCAGUCUCCUUUCUUUAACAGGAAUGCCUUGCAUCGUCUAUAUUAGAUAUAUAACAACGGGUGGGUGGCGGGCGGUUGUGGUUUUGAUAAAAUGUUAGUUCGGGUGGAUGACGACUUUUGUGAUGCAGUUGCGGAUGAAAUAAUUGCCUAUCCGCGCAUCUCUAGCGGCCACUGUAUUCAUGGACUUAACAAAAGCAUUUGAAACAAUUAAUCAUGAUAUUUUAAUAAAGACAUUUGAACAAUAUGGCAUCAGAGGUUUGGUCUUGAACUGGGUAAGAAGCUAUUUAACCAACAGGAAGCAAUAUGUGAAGAUGGGUGAAAAUAUGUCAAUAUCUUGUGGUGUACCCCAGGGAUCAAUACUGGGACCAAGAUUGUUUAAUAUUUAUAUAAACGGCAUUUGUAAAGUUACAAAGGACUUAAAGUCAGUUUUAUUUGCAGACGACACAACUGCUUUCUGUAUAAGAGAGAACACACAGAAGAUAAUACAAAUAAUAACAGAAGAAAUGAACAAAUGAAAAAAAUGGUUUGACAAAAACAGACUAUCUUUGAAUCUCAGUAAAACUAAAAUAAUGCUAUUUGGUAACAGUAGAAGAGAGAAUGAUACACAAAUACAAAUAGACAGAGUAGACAUUGAAAGGGUAAAAUAAACCAGAUUUUGGGGAGUAUUAAUAGAUGAUCAAAUGAACUGGAAAUCUCAUAUACAAAAUAUACAACAUAAGGUGGCAAAAAACAUUUCAAUAAUGAAAAAAGCAAAAUACGUCGUGGGCCAAAAAUCACUUCAUAAUCUCUACUGCUCACUAGUGUUACAUAUCUGAGUUAUUGUGCAGAAAUAUGGGGAAAUAACUACAAAUGUGCGCUAUAUUCGUUAACCGUGUUACAAAAAAUAUCAGUUAGAAUAAUACAUAAUGUUGGAAAUAGAGAACAUACAAACACUUUUUUAUUGAGUCAAAAAUAUUAAAGUUCUAUGAUUUGGUAACAUUGCAAACAGCUAAAAUGAUGUACAAAGCAAACUAUAACCUGCUACCAAAGAAUGUACAACAAUUCUUCUCAACAAAAGAGGAGAAAUAUAACCUUAGAGAAAAAUCUAAUUUAAAACAUUUUCUUCUCAACAAAAGAGGAGAAAUAUAACCUUAGAGAAAAAUCUAAUUUAAAACAUUUGUAUGCACAUACAACACUUAGAACCUUUAGCAUAUCAGUAUGUGGAAUUAAAUUACGGAAUGGAUUAAGUAAAGAAGUUAAACAUUGUACUGAUAUGAUCCAGUUUAAGAGGUUGUUCAAAUUAAUAGUGCUUACAAAGUACAAAGAAGAAAAAUUAUGAGAAAUACUUUCAACCUUAUUGAAAAUAAGAUAUUCUUCAUCUCAGUAUGUUAAUAAUGACUGACUUAAUUAUAUAUUACAAAACUGUUGUAUUAUUCAUUCACGGAUGUCAUUUUACUAUAAAAAAAAGUCAGUAAAUGAAUGUAUAUAUUUGUAAACGCGCAGAAGUGGGAAAGGGGUAGGAGUAAAUAAACUUUGCUUCUUCCUACUCCUUUUCGGACAUGAUGUAAAGUGAAAUUAUAUGAAAUUGUGUGAUGUAUUUUGCUGUAAGUGUGUUCAUGUUCGAAAUAAACUAAAGAAAGAAAGAAAGAAUAAUCUCUUAA